AUGGACUUUGUAAAUGAAAAGUAUGCUGUAAUUCCAAAAUCUUUGAAGGUAAAAUUAAUUCUGUAAGAGAGAGUGAUGAAGAAAUUCAAAAAAAUAUGGCACCAGAAAGUAAUUCAUUUGUCGAAAGGGCUAAAUAUUUGUUGAUAAAUGGAUAAAGUUUUUAAAAAACGUUUGUGGCAAAGAAUAUUCGAGAAUCUUUAUCUGAUCCUAAAGGUGCAUUAUAAUUAUUAGAAAUAAUUGCAAAUCAAUUACAUUCAUUGCAUGAUGAAUCCUUAAUAAAAGAAUACAUUAAAGCAGUGAGUGAAAUAUUCAAUAAAAUCUAAGUAUGAGAAUUAUCAUUUCUAGAUUCCUAAUUAAAUAAAAUAGUCUUAUAGUGACAUAUGUUUCAAUAUUUUUACAAAACAAUAUCAAUAAUAUGAAAUAAUAAAUUCUUGUGCAGAGAUAUUAAAAUAUUUAGAUGACCUUGAUAUUUAUAAAGAAGGAUUGUAUCUUGAGACUGAUAAUCAAAUGUAUCAAAUAUUAAAGAUAAUUGAAAUAUAUUAUCAUAAAUUUACACCUGAAUUAAAAAAAUAAGCUCAUCUUCAAAUUAAAUCAAGCAUGAAGCAUAAAGAUGAACGAGUUCGUAAGAUUAUUUCAGAAAUAUUACUCAAUAAUCAAUAAUUAUUAAAAUCUAUAUUACAUGAAUUCGAUUGGAUUGAUAAAUUUACGACAUUAAUAUACGAUUAAUCAAAAGAUGUUAGAAUGAGUUCAGCCAAAUUUUUCUUAGCUACUUAUGAACUAAAUGAAGAUAUUCAUAAAUCCAGAUUGCAGCUUCUUUUAGAGAAUAUCAUUAAAUAAUUAGAUUCUUCAUAAUUUGAGUUCUGCCAAUCAAUUGCAUAAUAUGUAUUAUUAUCAAUUAUCAUUUUUUAGAGCUUAAAUUAGGAUAACUUAUAGUCUCUUUAUAUUGAAAAAAUAAAUGAAAUCAUAAAUAACAAUAAUGAUAAUUAAUUUAGAUUUUUAGAAUCAUUACAUAACUAUUAUUCAUUAAUAAAAUAAUUUAAUGAGAAACACUCUAUUUCCAUAGAUGAUAUGUUAUUAAAUUCUAUAUAAAUUCUCUCAGAAGAGAUGCGAAAUUAUGAUAUAUUAAAGUGUUUGUCAAAUUUAUAUUCUAAUUUAUCUUAGGAUAUGUAAUUUAAAGUAAUUUAAAAAUUAUUUAUUAAUUUUGAAUUAAAUUAGCUAAUAUUUAUUCCUUAUUUAUCUGAAAUUAUAGAAAAAACAACAUUAAUUAAUAAGAAUAAAAUUUGGCUUUAGUAACUUUAAACAAUAUAUGAAAUGUUCAAAAGAAAUGUAUUUCAAUAUGAAACAAAAGGAUUGUGGAAUGAAAUAUCAAAUAUGAUUGAUAUAAUGAUAAUAAUAUCCAGAAUUUUAUUUUUACAGAAGGAUUUUCUAUAAUAAUGUUUAAAAAUGAGUCAUAUGGGUUCAAACUUUAUAAGAGAUAAAAUAAUGAAUAUAUUAAUAGAAAAAAUAAUUGAAUUAGAUUCUCUUGAAAGUAGAGAUUCAAUAAUCCAAAAUUAUUUAGCAUUUAUUAAUCAUUCGAAUUAUUAAUUAAGAUAAUUAUCAAUAGAAUUUAUUAUGAGACUAUGUUAAUAAAGAUCAAGAAAGUUCUUUAUAUCGAAUAAUCUGAUUAAUGUUUUAUAAUUGUAAUAUGAUGCUGUGUCGUUAGUUAGAGCAAAACUCCCAAAAUUACUUUUUUAAAUCAAGUUAUUAUUUUGGAAUGAUGAGAAGGAAAUUCUUAGUAGAAUUGCUUAAAUCUUCUAAAAUCUGAUGAACGAUAAGAAAUUAUCAAUUCAAUAAGUACAUGCUUAUAUAAUAAGAUUUCCAAAGAAUUCUGGGUCGAAUUAUCAAAUAUUUAGUUUUUGAAUGCAUAAAAAACAAUUGAACAAAAUUAAGUUAUGGAUGAAAGGGAGCAAUAAGAAUAUGCAAAUUUGAAAGUAUAAAGAUAUAAUAUUAGGUAAUUAAAUAGCAAUUAUUACUUAAUCCUAAAAAUAUAAAGAAUGAUGUUAGCAAAUCCAGAAAUCAAACUCCCACAACUAGAUUGCCGCCAUUAAAUAAAAGAUAGAAUAAUUUCUUAUAAAUUCCAAAAGGCACUUAACCUAGAAAAACAUCUGCUCAAAGAGCUAUUUUAUCAAAGUCUCCACAACCCUUUAAAUGA